AUGAGCUUCAUUUACCUUCCUUGCCCAUUGGGCCCCAACCACCUCGUCUUGGGCUACACGUACGCGUACGUGCUCAAGUCGAAGUGGCGCGUUCCUCGGCCUACGCCGACCCCAGAGCCUGGCCCCGUUUUGAGGCAGCCGCGCCCCCAGAGGCCUCUCGUCGUCCAGGAGGCCCUGUGGGACAUGGAAGACGAAGCCGACCGCGCAGAGUUGGAGAGGGAGAAGUCGGAGCCCUGGCUUGACUUCAGCGGCCUCGUGCCCACCAAGCCAACAUGCACCGGUCCCGCCUGGGACAUGCAACAGCCGGCGCCGGGCUAUGACAUCUGGGCCGUCUCUUGCCCAGCAGUACGUGCUAUCAUGCGCGGGAUUCCCUUCAUUGGCUAUCCGAGCCCGCUCCAGCACGAGGACUUGACGACCCCGUCCGCAGGCAGCCCUUCUGACAACGCCGCCGCCGCAUACGCCCCAGGACCGGUCCGCAACUCCCUGCCCCCUCGCCGCUCUGUGGACGACUUCUUCGACAGGUUUCCCCCCGGCGGGCUUCUCAACGACACCACCCCGUCGCUGUUCAACCCGCCGCCGCUCACGCAGGCCGGCGCCGACGACGCCUUCGUCACGACCGCCAACGCGCCUGGCCAAGGAUCCAUGGGGUUUCCGCUCGGCGUGCGCCACCAUACCGGCCGCCGCACCUUCGCUCCGGGAGACGUCGUUUACUGGCGCGCGCGCUAUCGGGCGUUUGACGGGUCCGCGAGCCCGACCAUGCCGGAGCCUCCCAGUCCCCGUACGCAGGCCCAUAGGGAGAAGAUGCUGCGCCUCCUGCUGUCACAUCCUGAGCAACGCAACGAGUUGGAGGACGAUGACGAUAUUUAUGGAGCCUGA